AUGCUUCACACUGUCGUUUUCCUUUUCCUGAUGCUCAACGCCUUGGGAAACUAUAUAAUGACCGUUAGAUAUCCUUCAGAAAACUGCCCGGACAGAGUGGACGCCCACUACCUCCUCAACGGACGCCACUUCUGCAAACUCUGCAAGAAAGUGAUACUCAAGAGAGAUCACCACUGCUUUUUCACGGGGAACUGCAUCGGCAACAGAAACAUGCGAUACUUCAUUAUGUUUUGUAUCUACACAUCGUGCACCUGUUUGUACUCCUUGGUUCUCGGUGUGGCCUUUCUAACAGUGGAAUAUUCCAUUUCGUUUGAGAACCCAUUGACCUUCCUGACCCUCCUACCCAUCUCUACUGGUUACUUCUUCAUGGGAGCCACCUCAGGCUUGCAGUUGUUCCUGGUGCUGAUGCUGUAUGUGUGGCUGGGCAUCGGCCUGGUAUGUGCGGGUUUCUGUUGCCAGCAGGUCUUGCUGGUGGCCCGGGGACAGACGUGGUGUCAGAUGCAACGUGGGCAGCUAGUAGAAAGCCACAACCCAUGGAAAACCAACCUUAGGGAUGUGUUUGGCACCCGCUGGGCCUUAGGACUCAUCCUGCCUGUUCAGACAGCGGAGACAUGUUCUGAAGACAUGACUGACCAUAAACAUCACUGA